CACCUGCUGGGGAUCAGGAGCGAACAAGGAAGUCUGGCACUGAGGACUGGAUGUUAGGCUGAACUGAAACAAAAUACAUCUCCGUCGGGUAGUAGUCAUCUGCUCGUCAGUUUCUAGCUACGUCGGCGUGACAAGAUGUUUAAAAAACUGAAGCAGAAGAUAAACGAGGAGCAGUCACCGCAGAGGAAUGCGCAGUCACCACAGCAGGCCCAGGUGGGCUCUAGCGACCGGCGCAGCAGCCAAACCCCUCCACUUCAUCACGAUGGCUCACCCUCUCCCAGCGACAGAGAGAUGCUGGCUGGGAUGAUAGCAGAGCCCGCUUUUCUCUCUGAGUAUACUAUCUUUGCUCUGGACCAUUCAAAACGACCCAAAACGGCCCAGGUAGCCAGUGUGGGUGCCUCUAAAGGACCAGCCAGGUCGCCCAGUGGUAGCAUCAAUGGCGAAGGGAUUGCUUCUCCUCAUAAAGAAGAGCCGCAGUCAUUCGCCCAGAAACUGCAGCUAAAAGUUCCAUCAGUGGAGUCGCUGAUCCGCAGCGGGGCCAGUCGGGCAGAGAACCUGUUUCGCUCUCCCUCUAAAGAGAACCUGGUCCGAAGCUCAUCACGUGACUCCCUGACGCCUCUGGGAGAAAACGAGUCCACGGGCGCCCCCUCGUAUGAUCCCCCCUCAGAUAUUGAGAGCGAGGCUGAGGAGCCACCAGGAAGUGUGGAGUCCCUUUCCAAAGAGCAGCUGUUGCACCGAUUGCUUCGAGUGGAGAGGAGUCUGGGAAAGUACAGAGGGAAGUAUUCGGAGCUGGUUAUUGCGUACCGAACAGUACAACGAGAUAAAGAAAAAACACAGGCCAUCCUCAGUCAGAGUCAAGACAAAGCUCUCCGCAGGAUAGGGGAGCUGCGGGAGGAGCUUCAAAUGGACCAGCAGGCCAAGAAACACCUACAGGAUGAGUUUGAUGCUGCGCUGGAGGAGAAAGACCAGAUGAUCACUGUCCUCCAAACACAGGUUGCUCUGUUGAAGAAACGAGCCAAGGGUGUCUCUGAUGGUGCUCUGCCACCUGAAGGUGAAGUCCCUCAGUCUGCAGAUACUGAAGACUCUACUUCUGCUGCACAAAGUCCUUCUAAGGAGCAAGGAGGGGAGCCUGAGGUCACGGAGGUAGAGGGCAACAGUGAUCCGACCAAGCUUAUGGAGGCUCUGCAAAAACGAGUGAAGAGGCAGGAAAACCUUCUGCAGAAGUGCAAAGAAGUAAUGCGCACGCACAAGGAGCGGAGCGCCCAGCUGGGCAGUGAGAAUGAAACUCUGCAGGAGCAGCUGCAGGAGAGACUGCAGGAGCUGGAGAAGAUGAAGGAAUUGCAUACAACAGAAAAGACUAAGUUGAUCACUCAGCUGCGGGACGCCAAGAACCUUAUUGAACAGCUGGAGCAGGACAAGGGAAUGGUCAUUGCUGAGACAAAGCGCCAGAUGCAUGAGACCCUGGAAAUGAAAGAAGAGGAGAUUGCUCAGCUACGCUCCAGGCUCCAGCAGGCUACUGCCCAGAAAGAAGAAUUACAAGAACAGAAAGAAAAGGCAGAGAAAUCAGCAUUUGAAGAACUUGAAAGGGCGCUGGGUGUAGCUCAGAGGGCGGAGGAGGCCCGAAAGCAGCUGCAGGUUCAGCUGGAGGAGCAAGUGAAAGAAGUCGAAAGGGCCAGUGAGGAGGAGAGGAAGAGUCUGCAGCAGGAACUGACACGAGUCAAACAGGAGGUGGUCACUAUCAUGAAGAAAUCAUCGGAGGAUACGGUGGCUGAUUUAGAAAAACUCCACAGUGAAGCUCUGGCUGCUAAAGAAGCUGAGAUAAGUGCCAGAAUCAACAAAGCUGUGGAGCAAUGCAAAGAGGAGUUUGCACAGUUAGACAAGGAACGAGAACAGCAGGCCUCCCUGGCUCUGGAGGACGCGGAGUUGCAGAAGACAGCACUGAGGACGGAAGCUGACAACAAGGUUAAAGAGAUACACCUGGAGCUGGAAACUGCAAGGACUAGAAUAUUGGAGCUGGAGAGCUCUCUGGAGAAGAUCUCACAAGACGGAUCAAGUCUGUCCCAUGAACUUUCCAGUCAGCUGGAUGAGCUGAAGGAUAAACACAAAGCGCAAAUCUCUGCAUUAGAGGAAAAGCACCAGGAGCAGCUGGAAAAGCACAAGGGCACCCUUACCCAGGAGCAGAAUGCAGCAUUUGAGGAGCUCAAGGAAAAACACAAAGCUGAAGUGGAGAGUCUUCUAAAGGACAAAGAGCUGCAGUUCCAAGCACAUGUUGAGGACAUGAACCAGAAGACAUUAGAGAAACUGGAUGGAAAGCAGGCAGAGCUAGAGGCUCUUUCCUCUGAACUCUCUGAGGCUUUGACGAGUAAACAGCUUUUGGAGGAGAAAUUGGUGGCUGCUGAAAAUGCUCAAAAGGAGCACGAGAAGAUGUUUCAGGAUCAGGUGGCUAAGCACAACGUAGAGCUCGCGAAGAUCAAACAGGAACACGAGCAGUCACUUGGAGGCAUAGAGAAAACUCUGAAGCAGGAACUAAAUGCGUUGAAAAUUGUUCUGAGGGAAAAGGAAAAGGAAAUUGAAGAACAUAUCCGUAGAGAAAAAACACUACAAGAGGAAUCACAUUCGACUCUACAAGAACUAAAUGUCAAGAUUAAGGAACUAGAGGAGCUGCAGCAGAAUUUAUCACAAUCCCAGUUGGAAAAUGGGAGCCUAAAGGAGUCCAGUGCUCAGUUAAGUAAGAUCUCGGGGGAUCUUGAUCAAUGUAAGGCGGAUUUGGCAGAUUUAGAGCGUCAGUUGGAAGCUGAAAAGAAUGAUUGUCAGCAAAAAGAGAAGUCGCUCCAAGAGCUAGAGCAACAGUUACAGCAGACCAAAAAGGAGCUCUCAGAGCAGGAGAAGUCAUUUACUGCAGAACUGAACACUAAGCAGGAAGAACAAACACGCCUCAAGAAACAGCUGGACGAUGAAAAAGCUGCCCAAGAGAAGAAGAUGAAAAACACUAUAACUGAGCUGGAAACUAAGCUGAAAACGCAGGAAACAAAAAUGGAAAAGUUCAAGCAGAAGGCCAAAGAUAUGCAGGAGAAUUUUAAGAAAAAGCUGCAGCAGAACGAAGAGACCAUGAAGAAAGAGCUUGCAAAGAAGGAGGCAGAGCUUCAACAGAAAGAGCAACAAGUUCAAGAGAAGAUUCUUGAGAUGGCCCAAAAAAGCUCCCAAGGCCUCAGCAGUGCAAUGUCAGAGCUGCAGGCCAACCAUAAGGAAGAGGUGGAGAAGCUACAUGACACCCAUAAACACGAGACUGAGGAGCUGGAGCGUCGUUGGCAGGAGAAGCUAGGACAGCAGGAAGAGGAAAUAAUGGAGAAACACUCACUCAUAUUGCAGGAGAAGACACAGGAACUGGAGGAGUUAUCUCUGCAACUUGGCAGGAGCAGAGAGGAGAAGGACCAAGUAAUGUGUGAAAUAAAGGAUUUAAAGGAGGACCUAGCAAUUCGAGAAACCACUGUGCAGAAGCUGCAGGAAGAGCUUAACGAGGCAGCGGUGAAGCUGGAGGGUUUGUCUCUGGGUGAAGCACUGCUGAAAGAACAAAUGGAAUCAGUGGAGAGGAACCUUAACCAGGCGAUGAAUGAGAAAAAUGCCCUCCAGGACAAACUGAUCACGACAGAGGAAGAGAGCAGGGAGAAGCUAAAGACUUUGUCCGAUCAGCUGGAGGAAACGGAGAGGCAGCUUAAAGCACUGGAAGGCUCCAGAUGUAAGGAAAGCGAGGACUUGCAGAGUAGAUUUGAGGAAACUGCCAAUCAGCUACAAGCCAAGGAAGCAGAGUUCCAGCAGCAAUUAAUUAUGAUCAGCAACCAAAUGGAGCAUUACUGCAAGGAGGUUCAGUCUAAAUUGGAGUGUGGAUCUAAUGAGCUCAGUCACAGAGUUGAAUGUAGGGUGAAAGACCUGAAAGAUAGACUGCUCUGUAGUCAGAAGAAGGUUGGGCAUCUCAAAAACAUCAUCCUUUCUAAAGCAGAGAGAAUUUGCACUUUAGAGGAGACUCUCCACCAGCAGACGGAGGAGAAUAAGAAUCUAUGCAUUUCAUUAGAACAGGUGACUGCUCAGGUAAAUGCUCAUUCGGAGCAUAUCAAAGCCUUAACACACGAGAAGGAGAAUGGUUCUCAGUCUAUCAGUGAAAAGGUUCAGAAAAUUGAGGAGCUGAGCGAAGCAAACAGAAUCAUAUCAGAGAGCAUGAAAGCAAACGAGACGCAUAUCAGCGACUUGGAAGGUGUGAUCAGUGACUUGAAGAAUCAGCUAGCAAGUAGCAUAAAAGAGAAGGAGGAAGCCAUAAAUCAGCUGAACCAGCAGUAUGAAGAGCAGAGACAGCAGGCUGCCGUUCAAAUGAAGGAGACCAUUGAGAGAUUAGAGCAGGAGAGAAAGACUGCAUUAGAGCAGGCAGAUGCACUCAGGAACAGUCUAUCUGAGUAUGAGAGCAAGGCAGAGACAAAGUUCGCCCAGAAAGACAACACUAUUACGUCUCUGCAGACCAGCCUCGAAGAGCUGCAGCGUGAAAUCUCUGAGAAGAAUGAAGCUCUGCAAAGGCUGACGGCGAGUAUUGACAAUCAGUCCAUCAGCAAGUCUGAGAUGGACCAGGCGUUGAGUGAGAAAGAGCAGAAAGUCAGCGGGCUGACCUCGGAGCUGGAGAGUUGCGUGAGCCGACUCGGUGAGAUUCAGGAGCAGUUAGCCUUAAAGACUCAAGAGUGCGAGCAACUCGCAGCUGACCUCAAACAGCAGCACAGCAUCAGGGAGAGUGAAAAAAGAGAGCUGGUAGAGCAGCUGCAGCAGACCCAGAUGCAGUGCGUUCAGAAUGGUAACUCAGAGCAGGAGAUGGUAGGAAAACUACACUCCCUCGAGGAAGACAACCAAAAGUGUAAACGUGCGCUUGAAAGUCAAAGGGAGGAAUUUGAGAGGAUGAAAGAUGAGAUUAUCAAGAGCAAGGACGAGAGUCUGAAGGCGACCGAAGAGAGGUUGUCAGCGGAGAGCACUCGGAAAGUAUCAGAGCUGAAGAAGAAAGCUGAGCAGAAAAUCAGUCAGAUUAAAAAACAGCUGACCUCUCAGCUUGAGGAAAAAGAGCAGACGAUCAAGGAUCUUCAGACUAGCUUGGAGGAAAUCAAGAGCAGUGAAACAUCCAGGAAACAGCACAUGGAAACGCUAGAGGAGAGAACAAAAACACUUGAGCAAGCUCUUGUCCAUCUUAAAGAGGAGCAGGAGACACAGCUCGAGCAGAUUCUGAGUAAUGAGAGGCUUGAGAAAGAAAAGUCUUUAGAAGAACUGAAAAACACGUAUGAAGAGAAGCUGGCCUUACUUACAGCACAACAAGGGGAGCUCAAGGAAACGGAAUCGGUGCUACACGAAAUCGAGGCAAAGCUAAGAGAAGCAGAAGAGCAGAAUGGAAACCUUGUUGCAGAGAUAGGCCGUCUGAAAGAAGAAAUACGUGAGAAGGAAGCCCAGCUUGAUCAGCACCAAGUAUCCAUUAAGCAGGUCCAAAAUCUGUCAGAGCUCGAGGUUGAGACAAAGGUGGAGUGUAGUACCGUGCAGCAAAACAAGAGCGUGAUGGAAAACGAGAUGGAAAACCACACGCCGCUGCAAGAAGUGGACGGCGAUUCUCCGGAGUCGCUAAAGAUGAAACUGAGUCAGGUGAUGCACGAGAAAGAGAAAAUUCACAAGGACUUCGUGAGGUUACAGAAAGACAUCCGAUUACUGAGGAAGGAGCAUGUGCAGGACCUAGACUACAUGAAGAAGGAGCUGUUAGAGGAGAAUGAGAAAAGGCUGAAAGUGGAGUUGGAAGAUGUGGAAAUGAAGCACAAUUCUGCCAUCAAGCAGUUAAUGAGGGAGUUCAACACGCAAAUGGCCUUGAAAGAGAGGGAACUUGAUGCAUCAGUGAAGGAAGCCAUUGCGAAGGCCCAGAGUGUCGAGGCGGAGCUCAUCAGUAGCCAUCGUGAAGAAAGCAGUCAGCUGAGGAAGGUGAUUUCCCAGAAGGAGGAUGAUUUGCACAGAACUGUUCAGAAAUACGAAGAGGUUUUACAGAGUCGAGAAAAGGAGAUGGGAGACAGAGUGUGGCAAGUUCAGAAGGAACUGGAGGAGUUGCAGGCAAACAGCCACGGGACAUCUGAGAUGACUGCAGAAGAACUACAGGCUCAGCUUGCUGAGAAGACAACUUUGCUGAGCGAGGCUCGACUGAAGGAGCAGGAGUUCGUUGAGAGAAUUCACUCGCUUGAGGACAAGAUUAAAUGUUUCCACCGAAACACUGUUGUAACUCAUCUUGGGAGCACGUUCAAAGAUCCUGGAUUUAACAGCACUGAUGCACUCUCAGAACCCACUGAGAUGGAGUACCUGAGGAAGGUGUUGUUUGAAUACAUGAUGGGACGGGAAACAAAAACAAUGGCCAAAGUGAUUACCUCCAUGCUCAAGUUUCCUCCAGACCAAGCGCAAAAGGUUUUGGACAAAGAAGACUCAAAAACAGUUCCUUGGUUACGAUGAGUGUCUGAAUGAUUCGGGUGCUUUGGGACGAAAACCUGCUGCUGCUGCUGCUGCUGAAGGGGAAGACUGCCAUGGAUUUGAUCGAACCCUUCCUUCUGCAUUUCUUGUCAUUUUGUGUGUGUGUGUGUGUGUGUGUGUGUAUUAGCACACACUGGGGCAUAAGUUUGUGGCAUGUGUAUGUGUGAAUAUAUGUAAAGGUAUGAGGGAAUAUGCCAGAAACACAAACCUUCCAUAAAUCCAGUUUUAGUUUGAAAUUCAGUUUGUUAAUUUAUACGUUUUAGAUGAAGAUAAAUGGUUUUCUUUUUAUUUUAGAGUGUGUUCAUACGGAUUGGCUUGUGCAAUAAAUGAUAUCAUUAUCAUGUAUUGAUCCUGACGGUCAGCUGAUUUACAGGUUUCUGUGUUUGUGCUGUUGUCUGAAUCACUUCCUCUGUAAAACUGUAAACGACCCUUUAACUGUGCACUUGCACCACAUUAAGAUACUGUCCCUCUGGACCUUGUUUAUUUGACAGUGCUUUUCUAUGCUUUGUAUUUUGUCACUGACACUGACAUAGAAACCCCAAAACACAAAACUGUAAAUUGUACUAUGAUAAUUAAAACUGUACUAUAGGACACUAUAAGACUUGCUAUACAUUUUCAGACUAACAAAUUAAAUCUUAUUUACA